AUGAGUGCCGGGAUGUCAACCCUGUCCCCGGAGAAGAAACGACUAGCCGACAGCUCUCCGGACGUGUCCCCGGACGCCGAUCAACUUGUGUUGAGCUCUCCACCAAAGAAAUCAAGCAAGAUUCCGGACGGUGUGAAGCUCAAACACGAAGUGAUCGACUUGACGGGUGACGAUUCCGACGAAGAGAAGCCCCGGGCUGGAGUGGCGCGGAAUUAA